CAGAUGACCGAUGGAUGUCAGUGAUUGUGAAUUCCGCGAUUGGGAUAGUGCCCGGGAAAUAUUUAAAUCUGAUUAGAAUAGUUCACAAAGAUUACUAGGGCUAUUCACUAUUGUUAUAAUGUCUCCACGUAUUGUCUUAAGUUUAAUUAAUUUUCCCCAACUAUAAGAAACCUUAAAAUCGCUGACAAAAAUCCCUACUAAUAUUUUCGUGUUCAAAUAUUUUGAGGUUAUUUCAUGCUUAUUUUACAUAACUAUUAAUUUCUCAGUAAUUUUGAAUUAAAUAGUGAAAAUGGCUGGCAUAAGUCAGCCGAAGUCGUUUAAAACUACGCAUGUGCCGCCUUUAAUCGCGGGUGCCCUGGCUGGGGUGUCGGUGGAUGUGACCCUGUACCCCCUGGAUACGCUGAAGACUCGGCUGCAAAGUGCUCAGGGCUUCCAGAAGGCGGGCGGCUUCAGAGGAGUUUAUAGAGGCUUAUUAACAGUAGCAGCGACGUCUAUGCCCACAACUGCCUUAUUUUUUGCAUCAUAUGAAGCCACUAAAGCUCAGUGUCAGCCGCUUGUGUCUCCUCAGUACGCUCCACUGACGCACAUGCUCGCUGCUAGUGUUGGUGAAGUUUUGGCGUGUGUGAUACGCGUGCCCACUGAGAUAGCGAAGCAGAGGAAGCAGACAUACGUCGGCUCUAACGCCAUCAGCAGUGUCUCAAUAUUGCUACAUGCGUAUAAAUCGGAGGGUUUCUUCCGCGGAGUCUACCGAGGGUUCGGCUCCACCGUGCUGCGCGACUUACCCUUCAGCUUUAUCGAGCUGCCGGUCUGGGAGCUCCUCAAGAGUACCGUUAGGAAGCAUAAUGAUGGACAGAUUAGCAGUUUUCAGAGUGCACUCUGCGGUUCAAUCGCGGGCGGCUUCGCGGCCGGUGUGACCACGCCACUAGAUCUCGCAAAAACAAGGAUAAUGUUAGGCGACGGGUAUAGUGUUACCAGGAAAAUGCGCAUAUUACCCGUUUUAAUAGAUAUUUACUUCGAAUCAGGUUUCAAAGGACUUUUUGCUGGUGUAAUGCCUAGAAUGACAGCCAUUAUGAUCGGAGGUUUUGUGUUUUUCGGCGUGUACGAUGACUCGAAAAAGUAUUUGGAAAAAUAUCUUGAUGGUAGUUAGCAUUGGUUUGAGGUGUAAAUGUUUUUUAACUAUUGAAGCUGUGCUUCACCCAAAGAGUUGUUUUAAAAAGAUUGACAGGUAUAUUUGACACUGUUAUGCGCUUCCAAAGAAGUACUAUAUCUAAAUCCCUAAGUACUAAUAUUAUAAAUGCGAAAGUAACUCUGUCUGUCGGUCUGUUACGCUUUCACGUCUAACUGUGAACUGAUUUAAAUAAAAUUUGGUAGAGAUAGAGUUGACCUUGAGAAAGAACAUAGGAUAGUUUUUAUCCCGGGCUUUUGAAGAGUUCUCUCGGAAACGCGAUAUAAACGAACUCGACGCGGUCGAAGCCGCGGGCGGAAGCUAGUAGCCAAUAUAAUAUUAAAAGUACAGUCAGCUCCAAAAAUAAGUGUCCUUCGUACAAAUAUUGUAAGUAGGUUUUUAUAAGUGAAUGGACAAAUGCUAAAACGUAGCAUUUAUACAUUGUUAAUGUUAUCUGUUAAGUUUGCUGGUUUUAUUUUGUUUUGAGUACACUAUUAUAAUGAUUUUUAGGAAUUUUCUAGAGCCGAGAAAAUUCUAUGUAAUUUAAUGUUUCUUUCAUAUACUUACCUACCAAUAAAUUGGUUCCUAUUUGUUAUUCCGACAAGUUAUUUAUAUAGAUGGCUUUUUAAUGUAAAAUAUAAAUAAAUUGAGUUGUUAUACAUAUGUGUAUAGUUAUACAUAGUUUUAUAUACUUGCGUAGUUUAGUAAUUUAAGUAUGUAUAUAGUUGUUA